UUACCCACUGGCCAUGUGCUUCAUUCAUCAGUUCUAAUACUCUGAGAGCACAUCCAUUGGAGUGGUCCUACUAGCUAGCACGGUGCACUGGACACAAUGGACCAACACUCUGACUCAGGGGAAAGGUACAGGACGGACAGGACACCUCAACGGAUUGUGUGUCUCUGGUGUCACUCCAGUGUCAGCAAGUACCGUUUCAGCUCAGGUGGCUUUGCUACAUGGCGUCUUUGUGGUCAGAGCCAGUAAUGGACGCAAGCUAGCUCUGAAGAGAGUGGCAGUGAACAAUGAUGCUGACCUCUACCUCACCAAACAAGAGAUUGCUGUCACCAAGGCUCUGUCUGAUUGCUCGUAUUCUGUGACAUACAUUUCAUCCAUUACUAAGCAGAUAUCCAGUGAUGUACACGAGGUCCUCAUAGUAAUGGAGUUAUAUACAGGUACUUCGGUGAUAGAUUUGCUGAAUCAGCGAUUAUCAGCGGGCACUCGACUGAGACAACGUGAAGUGUUGCAUAUCUUCUCUGAUGUUGCCAAGGCCGUUGCUAGGCUACACCAUCGGGCAAAACCCAUCAUACAUGUACAUCGUGACCUCAAGAUUGAGAACAUACUCCAUGACUCUGUGCACGACACAUACAUACUCUGUGACUAUGGAAGCUGUUUACUCAAGAGCAUGCACCCCGAGGAGAUGGGGGCCACGGAAUGUUCUGAUGAGAUCUCACGCUUCACCACAAUACCUUAUCGAUCUCCAGAGAUGGUCUCCGUAUAUCCUGGCAAAACCAUCACCACCAAAUCUGACAUCUGAGCACUGAGCGUACUACUGUUUAAGCUGUGCUUCAUGGAUACUCCAUUUGGUGACAACCCUCUAGCCAUAGUCAGUGCUCAGUACAGAAGACUCUCCCUACACACAAGACCUGCACAACUUGACAGCGUAUCUGUUGACCUCUGAUCUUGAGCUGCGUCCCAGUAUCUGGCAAGUGUCUGAGGUGGUGUCCAGGAUCACAGGAACCACCAACCAUGUCACUAAUGUCUUUCGUUCCCCUGGUCCACCCAAUCCCCUCCCUUCUUCGAAAAAGACUCGUCCUGUUGCUAAGAAACCAACAAACCAAUCAAAACCCUCCGUGACUAUCACCCCCAUCAACGCUACGAGGGCUAUUGACACAGGGGUUACCACGACAACCAUUUCAUCUCGAGAUCGACCUCGCGGAAUAGGUAACUGGUCUAGUCGCCAGGGCAACAACGAGUAACGAACCUGAAGCCAUCCAAUCAGAAUGCAGGAUUCCAUAAAAGCGUAGACAGUGCUUUUGGUCAUGACCCAUUCACUCCACAAAGAAUAGGAUCAGACGACCACAGUGACUGGCAGUCCAUUUCCUACGGAUGACUUUGGUACCACUUCAUUUGACGGACGUUCCUCUACCCCACCCACUCAUAAUACUGCAUGCUGACAUUGCAAGACGAGAUUUAUUUGGAGCACCCCCCUUUAGAGAGGGUUCAAAGGUUACGCCGACAAUGACAACUGUAGAUCAAUUUGGAGCAGUUCCUUUUAGCUGAAUUUUUAUAUUAAUUUUAGUGUUUAGUAUUAUUAUAAGUGUUGUUUUGUGUGUAGUAGGAUCAUAAUUAUGACUCCGACUAUUGACUGUGUGCAUAAUAUACCUUAUAGCGCGAAAUUUUCGAGGGGCUUAAUUUUCGCGGAUUUCGUGGGUUAGAAUUCUACAAAAAAAUUAAGUCCACAAAAAGUGUUCUUUAAUUAGAAUUACCUGCUAUCAUCAAAGAUUUAAAGGCGUGGCUUCCGGUAAGCAGUCAUUCCGCGAACAUUGUGCAACGAAAUGGUUUUUAGAGGCCAAUCCACACUAGAAAUAUAAGUGCCUCAAAAAUUUCGCGCUAUACGGUAAUAUGUAAUGC